GCUGCUUGUGUUGUUUAGCUUAGCAUUUUGGCUAUGUUUAUAGGUUACCUAGCUAGCUAUGUCUCUCAGUAUCAGUGAAGUUAGAAGUUGUUGCUCAGUCAGGAUGAUACCUUUAAUGCUGGUAGACGAAAUGUGUCAAUCAAUUCACAUCUCUUUGGUGGAUAAAAAUGGUUGGCUAUGGAACAUCAACACUCUCACCACUCUCAAUCACAGUGAAGAACUGCUCAAAGCAUCUGAUUUCAGGGCCUAUUCUGUUAUCACUGAGUCUGACUAUGUAUGGGAGGCCAUUAACGAUGAUGGUGGGUAUAAAGCACUUAGUCCAGACAUUGAUACUAAACUGAAACUAUUACAACAUCCUGUCACAGCUGCUGGAGAGUUGCCACCUACCUUUUUACAUGAUGGAGACCACUUUACUGUUGAUUUCUCGAGGAUGCAGUUGUCAAGUUUUAAGUCUGGAAAUCGGCAGAUACGACAGAGCUGUUAUUACUGGUGUCAUAGAGAUCUAGAAACUGGGUUUAUCAGACGCUAUGACAAUCCCUCUAAUAUUAUUAUUGAAGAGAUGUAUCGAUAUGGUGGAAGAUUUGUGUCAAUGGGUGGAACUCAGUACACCUUCAUGUUCUCACCUGUGAAGUCUUAUCAGGUUGAUAUCAGCUCUGGUAAUCUGGUGGAGAUAAUGCGCUAUCCACCGGUCAAUUCCAAUCCUUGUGAGAUACAAGUCAAUGUUUCCCUACAAGGAAACCCUUCAAUACUACCUUUUAUUAAUCCAGAACGCAAUCUUCAAUAUCGAGAAUUAAACUUCUCCUUCUCAUCAAGUGACAAGCUAAAGCAAGUUGUCUUGCAUCAACUAGCCAACGUUACACGCAGCUACUGUGUUAGUGCUGAACACAAUCUUUUGGGUGACAAAAUAACAUCGAAAAUCUACGGUGCACGGGGGUACGUGGACAGGGUGUAUGCUCUACUAAACACUCUCACUCUCGAGUUAUGUCAGCAAAUAGAGUCACAAGCAGUCAGCAGUAACCCACCAUCUAGAGAUUCUACCUCGCUAAGUGUUAAGCGGGAACCGCAAACCAAGUAUUGCGAGUUGAAGAGUGUAUCUAAGGGCUCCCUCGAUUGGGAGCGCAUCUACAGUCACAUGAAACAGACUUUACCAAAUAUUUCAAUAAUAAAAAUUGAUUGUGUGCAAAACAAGCCACUCCAAGAAAAGUAUGAAUUGGAAAAAAGACAAAUGGAAGAGAGGAACAAAGGAAAAACUCAUGAAAAAUAUCUGUUUCACGGCUCGAGGGCAACUAGUCCUGAGAAAAUUGCACUUUCUCCAAAAGGAUUUGACUUUCGAUGUAGCACAACAGGCAAACUGAUGUGGGGGAAAGGAGCAUACUUCGCGGUGAAGGCAGCCUACAGUGACAAGUAUUCUCACCAACUUCAACCCGGUAAUAAGAAACAAAUGCUUGUUGCUCGAGUGCUAACAGGCAAGAGUUGUUCUUACGGUACCAAACAGAAUCCUGAUCUAUAUCAACCUCCACCAUUACCAACAAAGGGUUUAUCUUCUCAAGGACCCAUGUUGUCGUACGAUACAGUGAACGGAGAGACUAACGGUUCUCAAGUGUACAUAGUGUACGAUCACGACAAGUCUUAUCCUGCCUUCAUCAUCACAUACACAAGCUAGCUACCGAUCAAGGACAUUACAGUGUUUUUUUUUUAGAAGUUUAUUUUUGUGUGUUUAUUGUUAAAAAAUUAGAUAUGAGACCUCAUAAUUAGUAAUACAUACAGCAUGUCAUAAUAAUUAUGACUUUUUGAAAGAAA